GCCAUCUGGCGCUUACUCUCGUGGAGACUUGUUCGCCAUCUCAGCACUAUUGAGACGGUUCAGAAAUAUGUCCACAUCAAUGAGACAUAUAGCACAGUCUACGAACAGAAGAAAAGUCAAAACGGGCUGCAGGACCUGCAAAGCCCGCCGUGUAAAAUGUGACGAAAGUCGCCCAGCUUGUCGCCGCUGCAUUUCUACCGGUCGCACUUGUGAUGGCUACGGCAUCUGGGGUGGCGGGGGGAGCCCAUAUGGCCCACCACAAGCCAACAAGGCACUAUCCAUCUACUGCACGCCGGUACCAGCCGGCUGUCUAACGCGGGAAGAACAGACGUGCUUCGACUGGUUCAUGAGUAGAACAACAACAAAAUUUGCAGGCGUAUUUGCCUCACUGUUCUGGGAGACUCUUGUCUUCCAAGCCAGCGCACAGGAACCGGCCGUUCGGCACGCCAUCGUCGCCUUAUCAGUGGCUCAUCGCUCUAAUGUCAGCAGCGAGUCUAUCCCGGCGAGGUACGGCAUGUAUGCGGAGCGAUUCAUAUUGCUGCAGUAUAAUAAGGCAAUUCAGCAUUUACGCGGUGUAACGACGGGGCCGGGUGGAUCAUCCAAAACUGGCCUCCGCGUCACCCUUAUUACUUGUAUGCUUUUUGUCACACUAGAGUACCUGCGUGGUCAACAUAAAAUGGGCAGUGCGCAUCUAGGGCACGGCAUCCAGCUUCUGGCCAAUGUUUCUGCGCCUGCACCGCGUACUUCUAUGGCGCCGAGUAUACUUAGCCCGGCGGAGGACUUUGUGCACGAUGCCUUGGUUGAGUCAUAUGCUCGUUUGGCGAUUCAAUCGGCGAUGUUUGGUCACGUCCCGUCACACCUUUGCGUGAUUGUACGAGAUCCGCAGCUUCACGCCCUUCCUCAUAGAUUUCCCUCUCUUGUCGAAGCAAGACAGGCUCUCGAUGAUUUACUUACUCGAAUCCACUGUCUGGAACGAUAUAUCUAUUCAGUCCCUGCAGACGAUGGUCCGGGAACGGACCCGGAAGCCUUUGAGACGCAGCGCAGAAUUAUGGCAGAUUUGUUGCUCUGGAGAAAAGCAUAUAAUGCUUCUUUAUCUCUCAAGACUGACGCCUGUAAGGAGAAGAUUGGUUUCCUGCUUCUCCGGGUGUACUAUGAAAUGGCUAUGAUCAUGGCUUCAGUUUGUCUUUCAAGGGAGGGGGAGAUGGUAUUCGAUGCAUACACGAAUGACUUUGUCGGUGUCAUGACCGCUUUCUUUGAUAUGCGGCGGUUCUGGUCGACAACUAGUCUUCCCAUUAAGGAGCAGCACAUGGCAUUCCAAAAUGGCCAGUCGGAGUGCAACGGCUAUUCGUUCACGAUUGAGUCAGGCUUCAUCCCGCCAAUUUAUUAUACCGGACUGAAAUGUCGUGUUUUGAAGAUUCGUCGGUUGGCGAUCAGGUUGUUGAGGGCGGCACCACAUCGAGAGGGCUUGUGGAAUGGACCACUGGUGGCGGACGUUCUGGAAGAGGUUGUUCGGGUGGAACAUGGCAGCUUCCAUGCUGAUGAUGAUCCGAAUCAGGAUUUAGAUGAGCGACUCAAUGAUGCUGAUUUUCAGCUGGAGAAAGACGAUUUGCCUUCGUCAGAUGCAACGGCCGAGUCGCGGAUUUCGGAUGUUGAAAUUCUCCUAUCCGACGUUGUUGAUGGGGACACAUUUAUGAAGUAUAGGCAGAAGGGUGAAGAUGGUCAAUGGGCGAAUUUUCAUCACAAGGUCAACAGGACUAGGAGACAAUCUUGGUCAAUAUUCUAGAACACAAGGGCGAAAUGUGAAUAUUAUUCAAAUCUGUACAACGAGUAUCAAUUGCGAGAUUUCGUCCUAUGUGCUAGGGACGAAUUCGAUCGGUCACUGUUGGCGGGAUAAAUGAAGGUGGAGCACCGCGGGUGUUUACUAUAGAGUGGCUGGUGUUGUGCCUUCAGCGUAUGCAAAAUUUAUCGGUAGAUAAUACUGACUGAUUGGCUUUACUACGGGACAUUGUACGUAAAACUAUGUAUUUUGCAAAACUUUAGUCACAGUGUAAUACUGAUGUGAACUAUUUUCAUUGAA